GUGCACGUCUAUCGCAACAGCGUUGGGCUUGGUGUGACGCUGAAGACAGAGGCGCAAGUACAGGAACUCGUGGAGGAGAUGCGACAUCGGUGGCAUGCCGGUGACUAUGACAUACUGUACCACAACUGCUGCAGCUUUGCGGACGAGUUCGGCAUGGAGCUCACUGGACGUGGUCUUCCGGGGUGGGUCAACCGAUUGCCCCGGCUGCUCUCCAAUGUCGAUGUAGAGCAUGUGGUGUCGAAAGCGGUGUCGCGAGCCGUUUCGCGAGUUCAAGAUGGGGAGGAGAGCCAAAAGUUCAUCUCCCGCGAGCCGAGCCUGGAGACUGUGACUACCAUGGACCCCGCCGGGGAGGGAAGCAGAACAUGA